AUGGCGUCGAAGAAGACCAUAACCAUUGUCACGUCUCCUACACUUGGAGUGAAGUCACUGCCAGCUCUCGCCUCCCCGACUUCAAAACAACCUCCUAUAUAUCGUAUCGAGGAGAGGAGUCGCACCAUCUAUGUGGCUUCCGAUGUCGAUCCUUCCAAAUGGGACACACAGAGCCUGAACGCUAUAUUCUCUUUGGCCGAAGCGGAUAACGACGGCUCGAACAACGGCACUCGCAGUGACGAAUCGAGGGUCAGCUCCCCAAGAAUGAGCAUCUACCCUCUGAGUCGUCGAAUUGGUGUCAAGAGCGCUCCAGCCUCUACAAUGCCCUCGGAUUCUCCUCCCCGACGCAUUUCACCUUCGCAGUCCCGACCACGUAUCCUAUUUUACCACAAACACGACCCGCACUACGGCUUCACGAAUUUCUCCGCACAUCCCGUAAUAUACAAAGGGAAGAGAUAUCCGACGAGCGAACAUCUCUUCCAAUCUUUCAAGUUUCAAGAUUACCGUCCUAACCUGGCGGAGCAUAUUCGAACCUGUUCCGAACGCCCAAGUGUUGCCUUUUCAGAGGCUCGUCGUUUUCAGCCAGAAGUCAGACCCGACUGGAAGCAAGUAAAUAUUCAAAAGAUGGACGAGACCCUAUUCCAUAAAUUUACGCAACAUCGCGAUUUAUUGGAUGAACUGCUUGCAACCGGAGAUGCAGAGCUAAUUGAGGAUUCUGACAAGGAUGCGUUUUGGGGUGUCGGCGCUGACCGGAAGGGCCGCAACGAGCUCGGAAAAUGUCUCGAGCGAUUGAGGGCGACACUCCGUGGCAGUGUCAGUGGAUGA